UCAGCAGUGGCGAGACGAGAAAAACUAAAUAUGACAGCAAAACAACACCACCGAGGGGGAGUGAACUUAUAGACAGCCGUCAUUUUAUUUGAAGAAACGUUACAACAGUUCAGUCUAAUUGUGUACAGUUUCAGAACAGCCGAGAGCUCUUCAGUAGAUGUCCACGCCGUCAGACACUCCAGGUGGUAUGUCCCAUCCUGGCCCUUCACCUGGGGCGGGUCUGUCCCCGGGGCCCAUCUUGGGCCCCAGUCCUGGACCAGAUCCCUCGCCAAGUUCUGUCCACAGCAUGAUGGGGCCCAGUCCUGGGCCUGGAACACCCAACGCACCUCAUGGCAUGCAUACCCAAGGACAAAGCGAUUACUCUCAGGACAGCAUGUAUCCUAUGCACAAGUCCAUGGAGGGAACGAUGAAUGACAAGACGAUGGCAGACACGAUGCACUUUGGUCACAUGAAAGGAGUGGGGAUGAGGUCUCUCCACAGUGGCAUGGGGCCUCCUCAAAGUCCGAUGGACCAGCACAGUCAAGGAUACAUGUCUCCACAUCCUUCCCCGAUGGGAAUCCACGAGCACGCUUCUAGUCCCAUGUCAGGAAGCGGAGGUGGACCCACACCACCCCACAUGCCUCCCUCCCAGUCUGCACCCAUGAUGUCCUUGGAUCCUCAGGCCGGCAUGCCCAGCAUGUCUGCUAUGGGACAACAAGGACGAGGACCUUCUGCCUUCAGUCCCGUGCAGCUUCAGCAGCUCAGAGCUCAGAUUCUCGCCUACAAGAUUCUGGCCCGGGGACAACCGCUGCCAGAUAACCUCCAGCUGGCUGUUCAAGGCAAAAGGAGCCUACCCACAAUGCAACAGCAACAGCCGCAGCAGCAGCAGCAGCAGCAGCAGCAGGCUCCUGGUGGCAGCCUGUACAGACCUCCAGGCAUGCCAAUGGCACCUUUGGGUGGUCCUCAGUCCAGCCCCCUUCCAGCACCACCCAUGCAAGGCCUCAGUCAGAGUAGCGGACCCAAACCGUGGAGCGACGGUCAGGGUGGUGACGGCCAAGCCCCUGCACAGAAGCACCUGACGCCUGUUCCUAGUGGCCGCCCAUCUCCGGCGCCGCCUCAGACCCCGGCUGUGCCUACAGGCCCCAUGCUGGGCAGCGCAGCAGCAACCCACCCUCCAGGCCAGCAGGUGUCCCCCAUGCUCCAGGUGCCGCAGAAGCAGAACCGCAUCACGCCAAUCCAGAAGCCUCAGGGUUUGGAUCCGGUGGGAAUUUUACAGGAGAGAGAGUUCAGACUGCAGGCUCGGAUCGCGCAUCGCAUCCAGGAGCUGGAAAGUCUUCCGGGAUCGUUGCCUCCUGACUUACGAACCAAAGCUACGGUGGAGCUCAAAGCUCUCCGUCUGCUCAACUUCCAGCGGCAGCUGAGGCAGGACGUGGUGGCGUGUAUGAGACGGGACACGACCCUGGAGACGGCCCUCAACUCCAAGGCUUACCGGCGCAGCAAGAGGCAAACUCUGAGGGAGGCUCGCAUGACGGAGAAGCUGGAGAAGCAGCAGAAGCUGGAGCAGGAGAAGAAGCGCCGACAGAAACAUCAGGAGUAUCUUAACAGUAUCCUUCAGCAUGCCAAGGACUUUAAGGAUUACCACCGUUCUGUGUCUGGAAAAGUCCAGAAACUCACCAGAGCUAUCGCCAACUGGCACACGAACACGGAGCGGGAGCAGAAGAAGGAGACGGAGAGAAUCGAGAAGGAGAGGAUGAGGAGGCUCAUGGCGGAAGACGAGGAAGGCUACAGGAAACUCAUCGACCAGAAGAAAGACAAGCGUCUGGCUUAUUUACUGCAGCAGACGGAUGAAUACGUGGCCAACCUCACCUCUCUGGUGUACGAGCACAAAGCUGCUCAGGCUGCCAAGGAGAAGAAGAGGAGGAAGAAGAGGAAGAAGAAGGUGGACGGAGACUGUGAAGGCACCAGCGCCAUUGGGCCAGACGGAGAGCUGAUGGAUGAAAGCAGCCAAAUGAGUGAGCUGCCAGUCAAAGUGAUUCAGACGGAGACGGGGAAAGUUCUGCAGGGGACGGAUGCACCCAAAUCCAGCCAGCUGGAGGCUUGGCUGGAGAUGAAUCCAGGUUAUGAAGUCGCCCCGCGAUCCGACAGCGAGGAGAGUGGCUCGGAGUUUGAGGAGGAGGAAGAAGAUGAGAUGGCCAAGGCAGAAACGGAAGAGAAGAAGAAACGUGGUCCCAACGGAGAAGAAGGGAACGUGAAGGAGGCCAAAAAUAUCAUCGAGACAGCCAAACAAGAUGUGGAUGAUGAGUACAGCGUUCCCACCGGGCAGACCAGCUCCCAGUCCUACUACGGUGUGGCCCAUGCUGUCAUCGAGAGGGUGGAGAGGCAGUCCUCGCUCCUGAUCAACGGCACCCUCAAACAGUAUCAGAUCCAGGGCUUGGAGUGGAUGGUGUCGCUCUACAACAACAACCUGAACGGCAUCCUGGCUGAUGAGAUGGGCCUUGGCAAAACCAUCCAGACCAUCGCUCUCAUCACCUACCUGAUGGAGCACAAGAGGCUGAACGGCCCCUACCUCAUCAUCGUUCCUCUCUCGACCAUGUCUAACUGGGUCUAUGAGCUGGAUAAAUGGGCUCCUUCUGUGGUCAAAAUAGCUUACAAGGGUACUCCGGGUUUGCGCCGUGGACUUGUGCCGCAGCUCCGCAGCGGGAAGUUUAACGUCCUACUGACCACCUACGAAUACAUCAUCAAGGACAAGCACAUCCUGGCCAAGAUCCGUUGGAAGUACAUGAUCGUGGACGAGGGCCAUCGUAUGAAGAACCACCACUGUAAGCUGACCCAGGUGUUGAACACACACUACGUGGCUCCACGCCGCCUCCUCCUGACCGGAACGCCGCUGCAGAACAAGCUUCCUGAACUCUGGGCCUUGCUCAACUUCCUGCUGCCCACCAUCUUCAAGAGCUGCAGCACCUUUGAGCAGUGGUUCAACGCCCCGUUCGCCAUGACCGGAGAGCGGGUGGACCUUAACGAGGAGGAAACCAUCCUGAUCAUCCGCCGUUUGCACAAAGUGCUCCGCCCGUUUCUGCUCCGCAGGCUGAAGAAGGAGGUGGAGUCUCAGCUGCCAGAGAAGGUGGAGUAUGUCAUAAAGUGCGACAUGUCUGCGAUACAGAAGGUUCUGUACCGCCACAUGCAGAAAGGAAUCCUCCUGACCGACGGCUCAGAGAAAGACAAGAAGGGCAAAGGAGGCGCCAAGACUCUGAUGAACACCAUCAUGCAGCUGAAGAAGAUCUGCAACCAUCCCUACAUGUUCCAGCACAUAGAGGAGUCUUUUGCUGAACACCUGGGUUAUCCGAAUGGCAUCAUCAGCGGACCUGAUUUGUACAGAGCGUCUGGGAAGUUCGAGCUGCUCGAUCGCAUCUUACCGAAGCUCCAGGCCACCAGCCACAGAGUUCUGCUCUUCUGCCAGAUGACCUCCCUCAUGACCAUCAUGGAGGAUUACUUCGGUUAUCGCAACUUCCAGUACUUGCGCCUCGAUGGAACCACCAAGUCGGAGGACCGAGCCGCUCUGCUGAAGAAGUUUAACGAGGAAGGAUCUCAGUACUUCGUCUUCCUCCUCAGCACCAGAGCUGGAGGUCUCGGCCUCAAUCUGCAGGCUGCCGACACGGUGGUCAUCUUCGACAGCGACUGGAACCCACACCAGGACCUUCAGGCCCAGGAUCGCGCUCAUCGCAUCGGGCAGCAGAACGAGGUCCGAGUGCUCCGUCUCUGCUCCGUCAACAGCGUGGAAGAGAAGAUCUUGGCAGCUGCCAAAUACAAGCUGAACGUGGAUCAGAAGGUCAUCCAGGCAGGCAUGUUUGAUCAGAAAUCAUCGAGCCACGAGCGCCGUGCCUUCCUCCAAGCCAUCCUAGAGCACGAGGAGCAGAACGAGGAGGAAGACGAGGUGCCGGAUGACGAAACCCUAAACCAGAUGAUUGCUCGUAACGAGGACGAGUUUGAGCUGUUCAUGCGCAUGGACAUGGACCGACGUCGAGAGGACGCCAGGAAUCCGAAGCGUAAGCCUCGUCUGAUGGAGGAGGACGAGCUGCCCUCGUGGAUCAUUAAAGAUGACGCUGAGGUGGAGAGGCUCACCUAUGAGGAGGAGGAGGAGAAGAUGUUUGGCAGGGGUUCUCGGUGCCGUCGGGACGUGGACUACAGCGACGCGCUGACAGAAAAACAGUGGCUCCGGGCCAUCGAGGAUGGAAACCUGGAGGAGAUGGAGGAGGAGAUCCGGCUGAAAAAACGCAAGCGCAAGCGGCGCCAGGACAAGGACACGUCCAGCAGAGACAAUGGUGGGAUGAAGGCCAAGAAAAGACGUGGACGUCCUCCAGCGGAGAAGUUCUCCCCCAACCCGCCCAAACUCACCAAGCAGAUGAACACCAUCAUCGACACGGUGAUCAACUACAGAGAAGGCUCAGGAAGACAACUAAGCGAAGUGUUUGUGCAGCUUCCAUCCAGGAAGGAACUCCCGGAAUAUUACGAGCUGAUCAGAAAGCCCGUGGACUUCAAGAAGAUAAAGGAACGAGCAAGGAACCAUAAAUACAGGAGUCUGGGAGACCUGGAGAAGGACGUGAUGCUCCUCUGCCAGAACGCUCAGACCUUUAACUUGGAGGGAUCCCAGAUAUACGAAGACUCCAUUGUUCUUCAGUCUGUGUUCAAGAGCGCCAGACAGAAGAUCGCCAAGGACGAAGAGAGCGACGAUGACAGCGAUGAAGAUGAUGAUGACGACUAUGACUCAGAGGCAGAGGCCAAGGCUGUGCGGGUGAAGAUCAAGCUGAGCAGAGACGGCCGCAGCCACGAGAAAGGCAAGAAGAGGCAGAGCCGGGGGAAGGCCAAGCCGGUGGUCAGCGACGACGACAGCGACGAGGAAGAUAACGAUCAGUCAGACAAGAGCAAAAGUGACGACGACUGAGGACGCGAGGACAGGAAGUUGUUUGUAGAGCAGAAGGACAAAAUCUUCCAUUCCUGGAGUUCUGAGUCGUCAUUUGUAAUUUUUGUGUUUGUAUUUCUUCUGUGUGUGCGCGCGUGUGUG